AGAGGUCUCUCCUAUUCUCCUUACUAGUCCUCAUUAGAGAUGACAAGACAACAGAUCUUAUACCCUGUUCGGAUCCGUGGAUUUGAAUUCGAAUUUGUGCAUCCGGAUCCAUUUGACGGUUUUGGGUCCUAUUCUUUUUAUCAACACUUCGCUCCUGCCUCAUCCUCUGUAUCAUCCCAUUAUUUUAUUCUCAUUGCUCAUCUGUUCUUUCUCCCUUAAACCCUCAUUCUCUAUCUAACUGUCCCUCACCUUCGGUGCUCCCAAUCCCAAACACCUCAUAUCCACAUCCUUGUCGCACUCUCGUUGCUCCCCUAACCACCGUCCCCCGCCAGGAAAAAUUUGGAUAUAACACAUAUCCUCUCCAUGACGAGAACGAAGCCAAACAUAUUGAUAACUGGAACCCCUGGGACUGGGAAAACAACGAUGUCAUCUGCACUUGCGGAAGCUGCCCAACUUCGACAUGUGAAUAUUGGAGAAUUGGUCAAGGAAAAGAACCUACAUGAUGGUUGGGACGAGGAGCUUGACUGUCAUAUUAUUAAUGAGGAUUUGGUAUGUGACGAACUAGAAGAUAUGAUGGAAGAGGGUGGGAUAAUCGUGGAUUACCAUGGUUGUGAUUUUUUCCCUGAACGGUGGUUUGAUCGCGUUGUGGUGCUUCAAACUGAAAACUCUAUAUUGUAUGACAGGCUCAGCAAGAGAGGCUAUACUGGUUCAAAGCUUUCAAACAACAUCGAAUGUGAAAUAUUUCAAGUGUUGCUUGAGGAGGCUAAAGAUAGUUACCAUGAAGACAUAGUGGUGGCUUUAAGAAGUGACUCCAUUGACGACAUGGAUAAUAAUGUGUCGGAUUUGACAAAUUGGGUUGCAAGCUGGUGCAAUAACUCGGUCCAGAGUGAUAACAUGCACGAUUAAAGCACAUGUAGGGCGUCCUUUUCCUCCCUUCUCAUCAUUGGUUGGUCACCCUUCGGGAUUUUUUGUCUUAUGUCAAAAAGGAUUCAGAAUGCUUUGUGUGAUUAAAGUAAAAUAUAUGAGCUAGAACAAAUUUAAUUAGAGCUACUCAUUGUGAGUGACCUUUUUUCGGAGAGACGACCUCAAAACAAGGAGUUUAUAUGCAAUAAUUUUAUUAGUUGGGCUAUGUAGCCUAUGUAUGAAGAGCAUCUCACGGAGAGGCUCUCUUACACAAGAUUUUGUGAAUUUAUCAUAGUUGACGAGUUUUGAUAAUGUGAAAAUAAUAAGAGCAUUGUACAACUUUA